AUGCAAAUUCGCAAGGGCGACAGCAUUGUGGAGGUGAACGGCACAACUAGUGAUGUCGCUCAGAUGCUCGACAAAUGCAAGACGGACGUCGAGCUGGAGCUGACAUUGUGCCGCUGCCUGAACUACGACCACUUGGUGGCUGACCUCGAAACGCUAAUCGCUGCUAAGAGCUGUGGACCAAUCCUGAUCCGUCUUUCCUGGCAUGAUGCCGGCGUCUUCAACGGCGCAGAUGGCUGCCCGAACGCAGCAAUGCGACUGGCCGGCAGUGGUGAACACGCCAUGGCCGCGAACGCCGGGCUGCCGCAGGUGGCGCUCGCACUUCUCGGCCCGAUCACAGAGAAGUACGUGCCGCGGCUCAUUUCCCAUGCGGACCUUUGGGCCUUGGCUGCCAACGUCUCCAUCAAGGCCAUGGGGGGACCCGACGUUCCCACUCGCUUCGGCCGGCUGGAUGCGCACCGCGCUUCGGAUGGAGUCUCCUCGGCGGAGGGGCGCCUGCCGGAUGGGGACAAGGACGCGAAGCACAUCAGAGACAUUUUUGCCCCUUAG